AGAAUGCUUUCAAGAGCCAGUUUUGCAAAACACUCCUUCCGUGGCGCGUCCAACGCCACGCGCUACGCUUCGACAAAGUCAUUGCGCGAAACCUUACAGGACGUGAUACCUGCGAAGCAGGAACAGCUCAAGAAACUCAAAGCGGAACAUGGACAAACCGUCGUGGGUGAUGUCAAGGUGGAAAACAUUAUAGGUGGUAUGCGAGGUUUGAAGGCCAUGCUGUGGGAGGCGUCGGUCUUGGACCCUCUUGAGGGUAUCCGCUUCCACGGGCUUUCAAUUCCAGACUGUCAAAAAGUCCUUCCUGCUGCUCCAGGGGGAACUGAAAUCAUCCCUGAAAGCAUGCUAUGGUUGCUGCUAACCGGACAAGUGCCCACACCUGAACAAACGCGUCAAUUAUCCCAGGAACUCGCCGAAAAAGGCGAACUCCCGGUCUUUGUUGAGAAGCUUAUCGAUUCGCUUCCCAAGACUCUCCACCCCAUGACACAACUGGGUAUGGGUGUCGCCGCACUGAACCACGACAGUUCAUUCCAAGCGGCUUAUGAGAAGGGAAUGAAGAAGCAGGAAUACUGGACGCAUACGCUUGAAGACUGCAUUAAUCUUAUUGCGCGCCUUCCGGCCCUUGCCGCUCGGAUCUAUCGCAAUGUGUACAAACCUGAUGCUCAACUUGCUCCAAUUGACAAGAACUUGGACCUCGUCGGCAAUUACGCGAAUCUGCUGGGCUACGGUAAUAACCACAGCCUAACUGAAUAUCUACGACUCUACAUUGCCCUUCACGGUGAUCACGAAGGAGGCAAUGCCUCCGCACACACCGCGCAUUUGGUUGGCUCGACGCUAUCGGAUCCAUAUCUGUCGUAUUCCGCUGCGCUUUUUGCGUUGGCUGGUCCUCUUCACGGCCUCGCAAAUCAGGAGGUUCUCCGAUGGCAGCUUGCCAUGCAGAAGGAGAUUGGAGAUAACAUCACUCAUGAAAAUAUCAAGGAUUAUUUGUGGAAAACACUGAAGAGUGGUCAGGUUGUUCCGGGUUAUGGGCACGGAGUGCUCAGAAACCCAGACCCCCGUUUCAUAGCCCUCCAGGAAUUCUGCCAGUCACGUCCUGAGCUCAGAGAAAGCCCUAUCAUCAAGCUUGUGAACAAGACUUUCGAGGUCGCUCCUGACGUGCUGAAAGAGCAUGGCAAGACGAAAAAUCCAUACCCCAACGUCGAUGCGACGUCAGGAUGUGUACUCUAUCAUUAUGGCUUGACCGAGUUCAAGUAUUACACGGUUAUCUUUGGGGUUUCCAGAGCGUUGGGUGCGCUCACUCAACUGGUGUGGGCAAGAGCUCUUGCUCUGCCCCUCGAGCGACCCAAGUCACUCUCGAUGGAUGCACUGGAAAAACUCAUCAAGAACCCAUAAAUCAGCAACAACAGCAUAUUAAUACAUACAACAACAGAGAUUUGAGAUCGAGCCAGACUGAAACGGGACGAUAGUGGAUGACAGCUAAGAACAACUAGUAAAGUAAUCAUAUUUGACCACUUUGCCAGGUAAUAAAUAUCAUAGUUCCCUGUAUAAAUAGAAGAGGUCACGAAGCACACUCUUGAGGUACAGAAG